GCGUUGUUGGCAUAGGAGGCAGACUGGCAGAAUCAACUGGGAUUUAGAGCAGGCCUUCAAUUUGAAGCCUGAUUGCAGUGAGAUUGGGGAUGAUUUGGUUGUUUUUCGAAGACUGAUGAUGGAAUGAUGCUCAGGUAUCUUGAACAAACAACUAAUUUUUUUGGUUCCUGGGCACCAGUAAUCCAAUUGCUCAAAUCAUAUGUGUUCUUAAAGAAGACAUUGAAGUUAAGCAACGAGGACAUCAUUGGCUCUGGAGAGUAUGGGACAAUUUAUAUACUUACACAGGAUGACACCAUGGCCUUUGCUGUGAAAAGAUUGAACAGAGGAAUUGCAGAUAGAGAUCGAAGAUUUGAGAGGGAAAUUGAAGCAAUGGGCGAUAUAAAGCACCGGAACAACGUGACUCUUAAUGGAUAUUACACUGCUCCACAUUAUAACCUUCUUAUAUAUGAAUUGAUCACUAUCCAACAAGCAUUUGGAUUGGCUGUCCAGAUACAAAAUAGCACUAGGUGCUGCAAAGAAGCUCUGGGUAUGUUGGUCUCUUUCAGUUAUCUUAAUCUUCGUUUUGUCCCCUUUGUUUUGGUGUAUAGAUAUGUGGGGGGUGCUGCGCUACUCACUAAUGUUGUAUUUUGGCUCAUUGUGUAUUCAUUUCUAACGAGCAAAGAUUACAAACUGAACUUUAUGAUGGUCGGUAUGUACUCAUUUAAUCUUGUUUUCUUCCUAGGAGAGUGGAAGGACAUUGUGAACAAUGGCAUCAAAAUACAUAAUGCUGAAGUCAAAAGGCAGGGCCGAAAACCAACUACGUGGAAAAACUGUGCGGGUAUUCCAGUGCAACAAAGCAGCAUAGACUGUGGCUAUUUCAUAAUGAGAUACAUGAAGGACAUCGUGGAGGAUAAGAACUUGGAGUUUUUCAGCAAGUGGGAGAAAAAAGGGAAAGCAGCAUAUACCCAGCAGCAUAUUGAUGAAGUCAGAAACGAGUGGGCAAAAUUUGUUGUUAAAACAUAUAUGUAAGCUUGUGGUUGGUGAUCGACUUAUUUUGGUAACCUUGAUUUUACAAGAUACAUAGACAAUAUUAUUAUUACUUGCUAGAUUGAGGUUACUUUUGGUUAGAAUUGCUGGAUUUGAUCAUACCUGGAUAUGGAUAUAUGUACUUUUGGAAAUGUUUUGGAUUGGCAAUGUAAGAACAGAUGGCAUUGAUAUAUGACAAUGUUAUAUUUUGGAUU